ACGGACUGGUUGUACCUUUCAUAGCAAGAGAAAGGCCUAUAUACUGCACACUGGAUCCCGUUUCUACAUGCGACUCCAAUCGGAAUAAAUAAUUGAGGAAUGUGGAAAUUACAGAAUGCCCAACAGCGCCGGAAAGAGAUUUAAACCCACCAAAUACAUCCCAGUGUCCACUGCUGCCACACUCCUUGUGGGAUCGACCACUUUAUUUUUCGUUUUCACGUGCCCCUGGUUGACGAAGGUGAUCUCUCCCGCUGUGCCUCUCUACAAUGGCCUGGUCUUCCUCUUCGUCUUGGCCAACUUCAGCAUGGCAACCUUCAUGGACCCUGGCGUUUACCCCAGAGCGGACGAGGACGAGGACAAGGACGAUGAUUUCCGAGCGCCGCUCUACAAGAACGUGGAGAUCAAGGGCAUUCAGGUCCGGAUGAAGUGGUGCGCCACCUGUCACUUCUACAGGCCGCCUCGCUGCUCGCACUGCAGCGUCUGUGACAACUGUGUGGAGGACUUCGACCACCACUGUCCCUGGGUGAACAACUGCAUUGGACGGAGGAACUACCGCUACUUCUUCCUCUUCCUGCUGUCGCUGAGCAUCCACAUGGUGGGGGUUUUCUCCUUCGGCCUCAUCUUUGUCCUCCACCACCGAGAGAGACUGGGAGCGCUGCACACCACUGUCACUCUGGUGGUGAUGUGCAUAGCGGGGCUCUUCUUUAUUCCAGUCAUGGGACUCACAGGUUUCCACAUGGUGCUCGUAGCUCGAGGGCGAACAACCAACGAACAGGUGACGGGCAAGUUUCGUGGAGGAGUAAAUCCCUUCACUAAGGGUUGCUGUGGCAACGUGGAGUAUGUCUUAUGUAGUCCCCUGGCACCGAGGUACACGUUGGACCCCAGGAAAAAACCCCAUGUUAAAAUUCAGCCCCCAUUCAUCAGACCUGACCUCUCAGACAGGCAGAUCACCAUCAAGGUCAGCGACAACGGCAUCCACAGCACCAUCAUCAGCUCCAAGUCCAAAAGCAGCCUGGACGGCCUGGACGACAAAGAAACCCAGCCACCACUGCCGCCCAAAGCCGACAGGUACAACCAGCUGAAAAGCCAGAUCACCUCCAGCGAAGAGAGUUCUCUUUCUGGUAAGACCCAUCCUUCCACUCCAGCCAUGUACAAAUUCAGGCCGUCCUUUGGCACCAUGCCUAAAGUCCACUACCACACUGCUGGAGAGAAGAUUGUCAUGACAGAUGACCGGAAGACCUCUGCAAUCAUGGAAGAGGGUGUCCGUGGUCAUGACUACCGAUCUGAGCCAAACCUGGACCUGCCAGAGUACACCAAUGCUCCCCUCCACCGCACCUUCCAGUCCUCGCCCCUCCAGCUGGACUCUGACCCCAUCAACUCACGCUCCCUCAGCCUGAAGCAGGGUCACCGCCGGCCAGAGAAGGGCCAGCUCCCGGCCCUGCAGCCGCAGACGGUCACCUCCACCCCGUACAAGAGUGUCUUCUCGCCCAACACCCUCUCCAACCGUAAUGGCAGCCUGUCUUAUGACAGCCUGCUCAACCCCAGCAUCUCCCCAGCCACUGCCAGCGAGUGCAUGGCCCAUCGUGGCAUGCCCUCCAUGGGGUUCCACUCGCCCUACCUGCCCACCAAAAUGUGCCACAUCCGGGAGCCUGAAAUGCAGAGGCACCAGGUCGCCCACACCUACAGUCCAGUGAUGCCACCCAGGGGGGUGGGAAGGCAAUCCCCUCACCCAAGGGACAGGGACCCAUCCCCGGUGCGCUAUGACAACCUCUCCCAGACCAUCAUGGCCUCCAUCCAGGAGCGAAAGGAGAUGGAGGAGAGGGAGAAGCGGCAGAUGCUGCAUGGGCGCUCCCAGACCCAUAUCUAUGCCCAGGACUCUGGCGUGUUUGAUGGGGGCUAUGGCCUACCCACCAAUGCUUGCUACCCAGAUGGGCCUCGUGCCCCUGGCUCCAGAGGCCCAACACCCCCAGCCUAUGGAGGCUCCAGGGACAACCUGAUGGGGGUCGGACUGGUGAGCUAUGGGCAACGAACCCCUGUGUUGCGCCAUGCUGGCUCCACGCUGGGCCGCGCCCCAAGGACUUCAUCCACCUCCCUGCACACAGAUCACAGUAGCACCAACAGCAGCCACAGCAGGGCCACUGCCCCCGAGGGCCCCUAUCGUUCCCCGGCCCACCAGCCACACUCCCCUGCUAUGCCCCGAUCCCCCUCCUACUCCCACCAGAAACUCUCCUACAUCAGUGCCCAUGAGAGGACAGACUCACCUCGUCCAGGGGGCCCAAGAGAGGCCAUGAAAGUUAAUGGGCAGAUGGACUGCCACCCCAGUGCCCAGGGCGCCACCCUCAGCCCCAGUCGCCACAGUAAUGUCAAAAAGGUGACAGGUGUAGGAGGCACCACAUAUGAGAUAUCGGUGUGAGCCCGGACACCGCACCCACCUCCAACGACAACGGCCAACCAACUACAAAGAGAUUUUCUCCUCUCUGUUAUGUUUGUGAAGUCCAGAUAACGGCCAGUCAGGGGCACAUAGCACUCCCUGUUUUGGAGUUACUAUCCAGUCUGAGGGUCUGUCUGCUCUUGUGUGGGUUUGUAGCGGAGGGGUUGGUUGUCAGUUGAUACCGCUGCAGGCGUUACGCGUGAGGAGGGUCUUGUCAUUAACGUUUCGUGGCUCAUCAUCUUGGUCGUGAGAGUGGACCGUCCAACAGAUUGUCAAUGUUAUUACUGUUGUCUCUCAGCUGUGGUCAUGAAGCGCACGUUGUUCCAAAUGUCACACAUAAACUUUGCUCCAGCACUGCGGGCUGAACAAAAACACAAUAAACAACUCAUCGUCACCAUGGACCUCCGUGAGAAGACUGAUGUCCUUUCCGAGUCGAUUCACCUCGAGGAGUCAAGGUGCUUCGCAUUAACUUGUACUGUUCACGUCAUCUCCAACGCAUUUGGUGGAGUUGUACAGCUUUGAGAAGUGAGGACAGGUCAGUUAGAUCAGCACCACCUGCGACCGCGGGCGACACAGGAUAAGUGGGAUAAGCUUGGAAAAGGGAUAUCAAGAGGGGAGCGUCACCCUGCCGUGUCUGGUGGCUGCAUUUCAAAUCCAUCGAGAAAGGCUUUCUUUUCAUUUGAAGUAAAAUAAACAGAAAUUCCUCGUUUGUCGGAAAGAAAUUUCUCAGGAAUGAAUGCAACCAGCAGAGACGCUUGCUGGUGUGAGUUCAUACAUUAUGAAUGUCUCCUUCUUCGUCCGAGUCUAAGAUUUUUAGGGCUCGAGUAUAGCUUAGCCCGCUUUAUUCCCUUCACGAAGGUGCGGCACAUCAUAGGUUUCUGUUUGUUAUGGUGGAGUUCGGUCGGGUGAUUCCGACCUGACCCGUGACACAAGUGCUGGGCAGAUGUAUUAACGUUCUGAAAGAUCAGAAUACCUCAUCCCGGUUCCCACCGAGUUCAGAACAAGUCCAGCCUUGCACAACCAAAACAACUUUUCUGUUUGUUUUGUCCGAAGGAAAAAAAAAAGAGAACAUUUGUUUAGCAUGUUUGUUAUGUUUGUGCUAUAAUCCUAGUAAUGGAAAGGUGUAGUGAAACAAGCCAUUGUCCCUUGUAGUAAAAUGAAGAUAACUGAUCACCCAUUUAUUAUUUGGGAGUUUUUUAAUCAGUUUGUUUCCUUUUUAUAUACCCAACCUUUCAAAAACUAUGUUUGAUACAUCUUUUUUAUACAGAUAAUGAAGCCUGGAAUGGAUGCUUUAUUUUGAGUGGAGUUUUGUGUUGAUAAAUUAUAAAUUCAGUAAAUAAAUGAGAUUGUGAUAAUGGGUAACAUCCAUCAAGUAAAUAUAGCUUGUUCUACCUUGCAGUGUAAAAAAAAUGUAUGAUGAAAUGUAAUGACAAAUUGUGUGAUUUUGAGGAAAUAUUAAAGUCACAAUCUUUGACUAGAGAACAGUCACAUGACCCACACUGAACAGUCAGUGUGUGCUGUGCCCAAGUCAAGGAUUGGGCUUUCAGUAGAAGCUGCCUUGAGAUUUCAGUGCCAAAAUUGGCCACACACACCCUAAUUUCUCAGACAGUAACCGGGUGACAGUGUCACAGUGACAUCUUGAAGACUGAAAAUGUCAGUUUGCAGCAGCUGUCUGGUACAGCUCCAGUAUUCUCUACACUCAGAGUUAAUAUGGAACUUCCCCCCACCCCAAGUUGCAUAACAUUUGUUACUUUUGACCAUAAAAAUGAACUGAUAAUAUCUAAGCUGAAGGGAUUUCUUUCUAUUCAGCACCAACUGAAUUUGAAAACAACAGCAGAACUUACAUUGGUGUAAACUGGCAGGUUUGGCUCAGCUAGUCUCAUUAAGAAUAAACCAUUGUUGCCUUUUGAGAGGAAAAAGCUAUGUUUCACACACGUCCUGUGGCUCGUUGAAACACUAUUGUACACUAUGUGAUAAUGAAAUCCCAUUAGUGUUUUGUGCUGAGCAGCAAAUGGCAUGAGGGACACUUGUGAGCAACUUCGACUAGGCAAACUCUCAAAUUUUAACAAAAUGUUGUGGAAGAAAUGCCAAUGUACAAGUUAAUACAUCAUCUUUCUUAUGAAAUCAUGAUUUGUUUUCCUCCAAUUUCUGAUGCAGAGAUCAGAGUGUAAAGGAUGGUAGCUGUGGUAGAGUCUUGCUUUCUGACAAGGUUGGACGUUAUGAAAACUCGCUGUAGUUACAACCUUCUGGCUAGUAUGAUCUCCCUUUUAAGGUCUCACCCAGCUGCCUUAGCAUAAUGUGAGGUAACACAGGACACUCUUCAAGUCAUGUUUUUCUGAAUUGUUAAAACUUGUCUGUUGUAAGGCUGUGGUAUACAGGGCAAACCUGAUGACGUGUCAGUGGAACAAAGGCUUGAACAGAUUGUUAGCUGCCUGAAAAUACCUGUCUAUCAUGACUUUCAGACCCCGUUUGACCACAUAUCAAAACACUAUCGAUGUCAUUCCUCUAUAGAUGACUGCCAUUAGUCCAAUGUUCUCUUAAGGAUGGACAUCACUGCAGGUCAGGGACCAUUCCUGACAGUCAGCAAAUGAAUCUGUUUUGUCAGCCACAGGCUGAUUUUGUUUUCAGAAACAAAAAUAUAAAGUUCAAUAUGUAUUAAAAUAUAGAAUAUACUAUAAAUGUACAUGCGUUCCUAUUUUUGUGAAGAGGAAAUAUUUCCCAGUGACCUGA